CGCUCGGAUCUCUGAGAUUACUCCGCAGCAACUCGAGUGCAGAGCAGCAGCAGCUCAUCCAGAGCCAUUUCUGCCCUCCGCAAGAAAGAUGAUAGACACUACGCCGAUGCGAGAGAGCAGCUUAUAAAUUUACACCACAUUUUAACCGUCUUUGUUGUAUUCCGUUUUACUGAGAGGCAGAGGGGUUCUUGAAACAUCGAAAGAAACGGGCCUGAGUUCACAAUGACCAACGAGGAACCUCUGCCCAAGAAGGUUCGUCUCAGUGAAUCUGACAUGAAGACUCUGACUAGAGAGGAGUUGUGUACAAGGUGGAAGCAGCAUGAAGCAUAUGUCCAGGUCCUGGAGGCCAAAUAUGCAGAGCUGUGUUCCAACGAUGUACCGGGACUGAAGGAGUCGGAGGAAAAGCUCAAACAGCAGCAGCAGGAGUCCGCACGCCGGGAGAACAUCUUGGUCAUGCGACUUGCCACAAAGGAGCAGGAAAUGCAGGAGUGCACGACCCAGAUUCAGUACCUCAAGCAAGUCCAGCAGCCCAGCGUGGCCCAACUGCGGUCAUCCAUGGUGGACCCAGCCAUCAACUUGUUUUUCCUCAAAAUGAAGGCUGAACUGGAACAGACUAAAGACAAACUGGAGCAGGCCCAAAAUGAACUGAGUGCCUGGAAAUUUACACCUGAUAGCCAAACAGGGAAGAAACUGAUGGCCAAAUGUCGAAUGCUGAUUCAGGAAAACCAGGAGCUGGGCCGGCAGCUGUCCCAGGGACGCAUCGCCCAGCUGGAGGCUGAGCUGGCCCUGCAGAAGAAGUACAGUGAGGAGCUGAAGAGCAGUCAGGAUGAGCUGAAUGACUUCAUCAUCCAGCUUGAUGAGGAGGUUGAGGGCAUGCAGAGCACCAUCCUUGUGUUGCAGCAGCAGCUGAAAGAGUCCCGUCAGCAGCUGUCUCAGCCCCAGGGAGCCCUGGCCGGAGCAGGACCCAGCAGGACUUCACCGGGUGCCUCUAACCCGUCCGCUGACCCCUCCACUCAGCCAGAGCAGGUCAGUGCUCCCUCCGAACCCAUGGGCAAAGACUACGGGAGGAUGGCCAACGGUCCCAGCAACGGGAGCUCCUCCCAGAGGAGCGAGACCGCCACACCCAGCCUGUACAGGGAGGUCAGCAGCACCGAGGAAGAUUUCGCCAUGUCCCCCAUCGAAGCUGAGACAAAACUCUCGAAUCACUCGGAGGAGGCCGCGGCGAGUCAGACCGCCUCGGGGAGAGCCGGAGGACCCGUGGGUUUCGGGAGCCAGCUGAGCGCGGGGUACGAGAGCGUGGACUCUCCCACCGGCAGCGAGACGUCAUUGACUCAGCACUCGAAUGACACAGACUCCACCACCGAUCCCCACGAGGACAAGGCCGCCCUGGUGACCAAGGGCACCAGGACUGCAGGGUCACGGCAUGGUCAGAAUGGCCUGGACUCCAGCACAAGCGAGGGGGCCGUUUUGUAAUGUACUUAGACAUGUUUUGCUUUUUCCUUUUUUGUUUUUUUAUAUACAAUUUACAAACAAGGCAACAAACGCAUAGUCUGUAACACAGCUCUGCUGUCCGAGAAGUUUUGUUUUCACGCUUGUCCCCUUGCCUAUGGUGAUGCCUUUGUCACAUUUGUGUUGCUUAAUGGGGAUGUAACAGGAACUGGUUAAUGUUAGAUUUGAAUUGUGUGGAUGUAUGAUUUAAAACUAGUACCUUUCACUUUGUUGCUUAUUUAAGCACAUCUAUGCUGUUUAUUUGAGCUCUUGACACUUAAAUCGGACAUCUGGUGUUGUAACCCAUUGUCAAGUCAGUAAAAUCACGGAAUUUAUAGUUGCUUCCCAUAAUUCAAGGAGGUCAUGUUUUAGAUGUUGGCCUGUCUGGGUUUUUCUUUUUUUUUUUUAAAGUACAAUUCUCAUUUUUCAUUGGCUAAAGAAUAUGUGUUUGAAAUAUUCUGCUGAAAUGUGAAUAGUUCAUAAUGCAACAUUCAUAUUCUGACUUCAGCCUUUUUCAUGUACUGACCAAAUACAAAUAAAAUUUUUAAUACUAUAGAAUGAA